AAUGCAGCUGAUUUGGCCAUAAGUAUUGUAUAUUACGGCUUCAUACAGCUAUCAAUACAGCUACGCCCAGUGCGUAAUUCCUUACUGAAUGCUUUUUUUUCCAUUGUGUCACUGCAAAAAUACGAUCAGGUGAAAAUUGUGUUCCUUGAUAUAGGUGAGGAGAGGUUUUCCUUGGAGGUGGAAGGAGUGUGGAGAGUAAGGAGCGAGACACAUGAUAUUGGAGCUUGCAGAAAAGCUGUUCCUUUACUGUUACAUGGCUCAACACACAGAUGCUUUUAUUUCACAGUGUACUUAGUGAUUCUUCGUAGAGCCUGGUUAGUGAGCCUUAUUCACAUGUGGUGCUCAGCAACUGCUACACUAGACUUGUAUGUUGGUGGAAUUUUCCAUCUACACUUGCUCCUUAAAAUGCCUCUUUUGAGGCUGCCUUGCCUAAUAAAAACCCCAAAACAAACAACUGAAGUUCUGUGGUUGGUAGGGGCUUUUCUGGUGAAAAGGAACAUAUAUGCACUCUGAUUAGGGGUUAAAUGCAAAUUCUCCCUGGGUGAAUUAAGGUCUGAUUUCAAAUGAAAACUAAAAAAUAAAGCUUGCAACAUGUAGUUUAAUAAUUUAUGGAGUUAGUCUUGACUUUUGGUCAAAUGUCUUUGUCACUUACAUUUGGUUGGCAGCAAAGCUAUUUAUCAGUGCUGCAGAGAAGGACCUAGAUGAGGUUUUUGAGGGGGGUUUGAUGCCAAAAUGCCAACCUUAGAUGACAUUUUAGAGAAUGUUGGAGAAUUUGACAGGUUCCAGAAGCAAACCUUCUUUGUCCUGUGUUUGCUUUCUGCUGCCUUCACCCCAGUGUAUGUGGGUGUCGUCUUCUUUGGGUUCAUCCCGGAGCAUCGCUGCUUCAGCCCCGGGGUGGCCGAGCUGAGCCAGCGCUGUGGCUGGAGCCUGGAGGAGCAGCUGAAUCACACGGUUCCCGAGUGGGGCGGCCACGGGGGCGACUUCAGCAGCCGCUGCAGGAGGUACGAGGUGGACUGGAACACGACUGGCAUCAGCUGCACUGACCCCCUCGGCAGCCUCGUGGGCAACCGGAGCACCGUCCCCCUCGGUCCCUGCCGGGACGGCUGGGUCUAUGACUCCCCAGGGACCUCCCUCGUGACCGAGUUUAACCUGGUGUGUGAGGACUCCUGGAAGCUGGACCUCUUUCAGUCUGCUGUGAAUGCUGGGUUUUUUAUUGGCUCCAUAAACAUUGGCUACAUAGCAGACAGGUUUGGCCGUAAAUUUUGCCUCUUAAAUACAAUUCUUGCAAACAUUGUCUGUGGAAUUCUUCUUGUCUUCGUGCCCACGUACCUGUGGAUAGUCAUCCUCCGGUUCUUGCAAGGGCUGGUCAGCAAGGGCUGCUGGACUGCAGGCUACAUCCUGGUGACAGAAGUUGUCGGUCCGAAGUACCGGAGGACAGUAGGCAUCCUUUACCAGACGGCCUUCUCCGUUGGGCUCCUGGUCUUUGAUGCCAUCGCUUACGCCAUCCCCCACUGGCGGUGGCUGCAGCUCACCGUCACCUUGCCGAGCUGCUUCUUCCUGCUCUACUACUGGUGCCUCCCAGAGUCUCCCAGGUGGCUGAUAUCUCAAGGAAAAAAUGACAAAGCUAUGAAAAUUAUCAGUGAUAUGGCUAAAAAAAAUCAGAAAAAAAUGCCUUCCCAUUUUGAGGACAUUAAUUUUGAAGAGGAAGAUGGUGGAAAGCAGAGUCCCUCAUUCAUUGACCUCGUUAGGACGCCACAGAUGAGAAAAAACACAUUCAUUUUGAUGUACAACUGGUUCACAAGCUCCGUCCUCUACCAGGGGCUCAUCAUGCACAUGGGAAUAGCUGCUGGGAACAUGUAUCUGGACUUCCUCUAUUCUGCACUUGUUGAAUUCCCAGCCGCCUUCAUCAUCAUCGUCACCAUUGACCGAGUCGGGCGGCGCUACCCCUGGGCUGUGGCAAACCUGGUGGCUGGGGCUGCCUGCCUUGUCACAGCCCUGAUCCCAGAGGACAUACAUUGGCUAAAAGUGAUUGCUGCUUGCAUUGGGAGAAUGGGAAUCACAAUGGCUUUUGAAAUGGUUUGCUUUGUAAACACUGAACUGUAUCCAACAUACAUCAGGAACCUAGGGGUGAUGGUCUGUUCCUCCUUGUGUGAUGUUGGUGGAGUCAUCGUCCCAUUCAUUGUCUACAGACUGGUGGAAAUCUGGCAUGAUCUGCCACUGAUAGUCUUCACUGUUCUUGGUUUGUUUGCGGGUGGAUUGGUGCUGCUUCUACCUGAAACUAAAGGAAGAGUUUUGCCUGAGACUGUUGAAGAUGUUGAAAACUUCCAUGGGUAUGACAGGCAACUCAAGUAGGGUUUCCAUGCCGCCAACCUGCUCACUCUUCCCUGGGGAGCCGUGCCUUCACCCAUCUGCCUCACCUUCCCUGAGCACGUAGGACGGCUGAAUGAGCUGCUGAAAGCCUCAUGAAAGAACAUGCCAGGGUGUUCUCCUGAUUGAAAGCUGCCUUCAGCCGCUGGCAGUGGCUGGCCAUGGCAGGGACGACACAUUUCCUCAUGCUGACGGACGCCUCUCAAGGCAGACUGGCUGUGUGCGCUGCCUAAGGAGCGACUGAAGCCCAGAUCGGUGCUUUUCAGAUGGCCCAUGAAACCAUCCUCCACACUUUCUCUUACUGUUUGGCUCCCACUAAGGUGUUAGUGGAUUCCUGUCAGAUCACACAGGAGAGCCCAGAGCCUGAUAUUGCUCCUGGAGGUCUUACCCACCAGCCAUCCACUGUAUAUGUCUACAACAAAACCCAACAGGUUCUCAGAGAUGUAUAAUAAAUGUUGGGGUUUUUUUUAGCAGAUUUUGCAGAUGUAAAGUGGAGUUGCUCUGCUCUGCAGAAGGAUACUUAAUGCUACCAUACCUGUGCAGAUUUUCAGCAUCUUCAAUGGUCUCAGGCAGA